AUGGCGGAUUCAAAUACAUCUUCAAUGGGCGCGCCGCAGUCACCUAUUCAAAUCUCAUUUCCUCUACCAAAGGCGCCAGAGACCAGUAUUCAUCUACAUCUGACCAUCAGCCAAGUCUCGUUAUUGUUAUUCCUCACAACGGCAUUAAAUGGCGAUACUUCUACAGCACCACCUCUGGGUUCAUUCGUCUACGCACUUCCCAAUAGGAUGAAUGCUAGUCAGCCACUUUCUACACCCUUGUGUGUCUACGAAUCCUCAGUCGAGUUCACGACCCGUCUUGCAAAAUUGUUGGCGCGUAAAACAGGAAAGCCUGUCUACGUUGGCAACUCAAUAAGCUUCGCAAGUGCAGGAAUGGGCGGGACUGUUGAGGAGGAGAUGGAAGGUUUCAAGAAGGUGGUGGAAAUUGUCAUGGAACAAAUGCGAAAGACUGAAGGUGAACCAACUGUGAAUGGUACCAAUAGCACCUAA